GAAAAGAGUGCUCCCAGGAUGAGAGCACAGCCGCCGCCAUCUUCACUGUCCAGAUGGACGACUACCUCGGGGGCAAGCCGGUGCAGAGCAGGGAGCUCCAGGGCUUCGAGUCCACCGAUUUUGUGGGCUACUUCAAAGGCGGGCUGAAGUACAAGGCUGGAGGUGUGGCAUCAGGACUAAACCACGUUCUCACCAAUGACCUGUCGGCACAGAGGCUGCUGCAUGUGAAGGGACGCAGAGUGGUCAGGGCCACAGAAGUUCCCCUCAGCUGGGACAGUUUCAACAAGGGCGACUGCUUCAUCGUAGACCUUGGCCACGAAAUUUACCAGUGGUGCGGUUCCUCAUGCAACAAAUUCGAGCGUCUGAAGGCCAGCCAGGUUGCUAUCGGCAUUCGCGACAACGAAAGGAAGGGAAGAUCUCAGCUCAUUGUGGUGGAAGAAGGAAGUGAACCAUCGGGGCUUGUGAAGGUUUUAGGGAAAAAGCCAGAGCUUCCGGAUGGAGACAGUGACGAUGACGCCCUUGCAGACAUCAGUAACAGGAAGAUGGCGAAACUGUACAUGGUUUCAGACGCAAGUGGUUCCAUGAAAGUGACUCUGGUGGCCGAAGAAAACCCCUUCUCAAUGGCGAUGCUGCUUUCUGAAGAAUGCUUUAUUUUGGAUCAUGGUGCUGCCAAAAAAAUUUUUGUGUGGAAAGGCAAAGAUGCUAAUCCUGAGGAGAGGAGAGCGGCAAUGAAGACAGCGGAAGAAUUUCUACAGCAAAUGAAUUAUUCCUCCAAUACUCAAAUUCAGGUUCUGCCAGAAGGAGGUGAGACACCAAUCUUCAAACAGUUUUUUAAGGACUGGAAAGAUAAAGAUCAGAGCGACGGCUUUGGCAAGGUUUAUGUCACAGAGAAAGUGGCUCAGAUAAAACAAAUUCCUUUUGAUGCUUCAAAAUUACACAGUUCUCCGCAGAUGGCGGCCCAGCACAAUAUGGUGGAUGACGGUUCUGGCAAAGUGGAGAUUUGGCGUGUAGAGAGCAAUGGUAGAAUUGAGAUUGAUCCGAGCUCCUAUGGCGAGUUCUACGGUGGUGACUGCUACAUUAUCCUCUACACUUAUCCCAGAGGAAUGAUUAUCUACACAUGGCAAGGAGCAAAUGCUACACGAGAUGAGCUGACCACAUCUGCGUUCCUGACUGUUCAGUUGGACCGGUCCCUCGGAGGGCAGGCUGUGCAGGUCCGAGUCUCCCAAGGCAAAGAGCCUGCGCACCUGCUGAGUUUGUUCAAAGACAAGCCACUCAUUGUUUACAAGAAUGGGACAUCCAAGAAAGGAGGGCAGGCCCCGGCCCCGCCUGUGCGCCUCUUUCAAAUUCGGAGAAACCUGGCGUCCAUCACCAGAAUUGUGGAGGUUGAUGUUGAUGCAAAUUCACUGAAUUCCAAUGAUGCUUUUGUCCUGAAACUGCCCCACAGCAGUGGCUACAUGUGGGUAGGAAAGGGCGCCAGCCAGGAGGAGGAGAAGGGGGCGGAGUACGUGGCGAACGUCCUUGGGUGCAGCACUGCAAGGAUCGAGGAAGGCGAGGAGCCAGAGGAGUUCUGGACCUCCCUCGGCGGGCAAAAAGACUACCAGACUUCACCACUGCUGGAAACGCAGGCCGAAGACCAUCCACCCCGGCUUUAUGGCUGCUCCAACAAAACCGGAAGGUUUAUUAUUGAGGAGGUUCCGGGAGAGUUCACCCAGGAUGACUUAGCGGAGGAUGACGUCAUGCUACUAGAUGCUUGGGAACAGAUAUUUAUUUGGAUUGGCAAAGAUGCCAACGAAGUUGAGAGAACAGAGUCACUGAAGUCUGCCAAAAUGUACCUUGAGACAGAUCCUUCUGGAAGAGAUAAGAGAACUCCAAUUGUCAUCAUAAAACAAGGCCACGAGCCACCCACAUUCACAGGCUGGUUCCUGGGCUGGGAUUCCAGUAGAUGGUAAACUGAUCUUUGGAAAAUAAAAGCGUUAGAGGCACAGGAAGGGCAGUUGUCCCAUUGCUGUGUGUGGGGAGUGCUUUUUGUUUGUUUGGCUUCGGGAAAUUAACCUCAGCUAAAUGGCUAUUUUUUAUGCCUAGUAUUGGUUUAAAUUCUUUUUAAAGGGAAUUUUGUCAUGCUAAUAUGUUGAAAUAACCUAAAGUAAACUUUUGCUAAGGGCCAAUAUUAGCUGUUCUGAAAACAGAUUUAUACCUUUUUAUAUGUAUGACUUUUUUAAAACAAAAUGCUCUGUUCUUUCUGGGGAAUUUGUCAGAUAAGAUUUUAUAAUUUAACAAACAUUAACCAAACUUGUUCUUUAAUAUGCCAGAGAAGAAAGCCAGUGUGCCUUUGAAGUUUUGCUUUUUUUAAUGUAUUGUCUUCAAAACAAUUGUAUAUUUGCAGUAAGGUUUAUGUUAAGAUGGCUUUAAAAAUGUGUUGUUUGCCUUCUCUAGUCAAUGUGACUUUGAUGCCAUUAACUGCUAAGUGUCAUUUUCCAAGACAAACUUUCUUUUUUUGUCCUUUUAAGAGCCUUUGAAUUCAGUCUUUCAUGGUAAAACAAAUUGUGUUCUUAUCAGUUUAGCUAUAUGUAUUGGACAGUACAUGUUUAAUAUUACAACAGAUAUGCACAGGAAACUUCACUAAUGCUCUUUCAUCAUUAAAAUACAUCUUUCUGAAAACA